UUCCUGUGUUUGCCCCACUGUAAUUACCCCAGUGCAUAAUAGACUGUGGCCCAGCGCGAUCACAUAUCUCUGGCGUAUCGGCCACACACCCGGGUGUCCCUAAAUAGAGCUGAACAGCCUGGGCAUUGCUGUUCUUGAUUCCAUGCCUUGAGGUAAACUUUUGAACAUCAAAUGGAGACGGAAAGUGAGAGCAGCACUGUAGGAGAUGACAGUGUCUUUUGGUCGGACGCUGAAGUUAUUACCCGGGUGGCUGACAGGGAAGCGGCAGAAGGGGAGGACAAUUUCAGGAAGAUGAAGUCCUCGGUACAUUCUGAAGAGGAUGAUUUUGUUCCAGAACUACACAGAAACGUUCACCCUCGAGAGCGGCCCGACUGGGAGGAAACACUCAGUGCAAUGGCAAGAGGAGCAGACGUUCCUGAGAUUCCUGGAGACCUUAGUCUUAAGACAUGUGGCAGUACAGCCAGUAUGAAGGUUAAACAUGUAAAAAAGUUACCCUUCACUAAAGGUCACUUUCCGAAGAUGGCUGAAUGUGCACAUUUCCAUUAUGAGAACGUUGAGUUUGGCAGCAUACAGCUUUCACUUUCGGAAGAACAGAACGACGUUACGAAGAACGGCUGUGAAUCUAAAGAGCUCGUCUACCUCGUGCACAUUGCUUGUCAGGGCAAAAGUUGGAUUGUUAAAAGAAGUUAUGAAGAUUUUCGAGUACUUGACAAACAUCUUCAUCUGUGUAUUUAUGACCGACGAUUCUCCCAGCUCGCAGAGCUUCCCCGCUCUGAUGCCCUGAAGGACAGUCCAGAGUCCGUCACACAGAUGCUUAUGGCUUACCUGUCCCGCCUUUCAGCUAUUGCCGGCAACAAGAUCAACUGUGGACCUGCCCUUACUUGGAUGGAGAUUGAUAAUAAGGGGAACCACCUCCUGGUGCAUGAAGAAUCGUCCAUCAACACGCCUGCAGUCGGCGCUGCGCAUGUCAUCAAGAGGUACACCGCCCGGGCCCCCGAUGAGCUGACCUUAGAGGUGGGUGACAUUGUUUCCGUUAUUGACAUGCCCCCGAAAGUGUUAAGCACGUGGUGGAGAGGCAAGCAUGGAUUUCAGGUGGGACUCUUCCCUGGACACUGUGUUGAGCUAAUUAACCAGAAAGUUCCCCAGUCGGUGACCAACUCAGUGCCAAAACCAGUGUCUAAAAAGCACGGCAAGCUUAUCACUUUCUUACGCACAUUCAUGAAGUCUCGUCCGACAAAACAGAAGCUGAAGCAGCGGGGGAUCUUGAAAGAGAGGGUGUUUGGCUGUGACCUGGGGGAGCACCUUCUGAAUUCUGGCUUUGAAGUACCCCAGGUUCUUCAAAGCUGUACAGCGUUCAUUGAGAGGUAUGGCAUUGUGGAUGGAAUAUAUCGUCUGUCCGGCGUUGCCUCCAACAUCCAGAGACUACGCCAUGAAUUUGACUCUGAACAUGUCCCCGACUUAACAAAAGAACCGUAUGUUCAAGACAUCCAUUCUGUGGGCUCCCUCUGUAAGCUCUAUUUUCGAGAGCUCCCCAACCCUCUGCUCACCUACCAGCUGUAUGAGAAAUUUUCAGAGGCUGUUUCAGCAGCGACAGAUGAGGAGAGGCUGAUAAAGAUCCACGACGUCAUCCGGCAGCUGCCCCCGCCGCACUACAGAACACUGGAGUUCCUGAUGAGGCACUUAUCACUUCUAGCUGACUACUGUUCCAUCACAAAUAUGCAUGCAAAAAACCUAGCAAUCGUUUGGGCUCCAAACCUGCUCAGGUCAAAACAGAUAGAGUCUGCCUGCUUCAGCGGAACAGCGGCCUUCAUGGAAGUGAGAAUUCAGUCCGUGGUCGUGGAGUUCAUCCUCAAUCACGUAGACGUCCUCUUCAGCGGGAAAAUCAGCGCGGCCAUCCAGGAGGGGGCAGCUUCUCUGUCAAGACCCAAAUCCCUGCUGAUUUCCUCUCCAUCCACCAAGCUGCUGACGUUGGAGGAGGCCCAGGCGAGAACACAAGCCCAGGUCAAUUCUCCGAUUGUCACCGAAAAUAAAUACAUCGAAGUAGGAGAAGGACCGGCUGCACUUCAGGGAAAAUUUCACACCAUCAUCGAUUUCCCACUCGAAAGGAGGCGGCCUCAGAAUAAAAUGAAAAAGUCUCCUGUGGGCAGCUGGCGCUCCUUCUUCAACCUGGGGAAAUCGUCGUCCGUUUCCAAGCGGAAGCUGCAGCGUAAUGAGAGCGAGCCUUCGGAGAUGAAAGCCAUGGCUCUGAAAGGUGGCAGGGCCGAAGGAACCCUCCGGUCAGCCAAGAGCGAAGAGUCCCUUACUUCUCUCCACGCAGUCGACGGUGACUCCAAGCUGUUUCGGCCCAGGAGGCCCAGGUCCAGCAGCGACGCCCUGAGCGCCUCUUUCAAUGGAGACAUGCUGGGGAACCGCUGCAACUCCUACGACAAUCUGCCCCACGACAACGAGAGCGAGGAGGACGUGGGGCUGCUGCACAUUCCUGCCCUGGUGUCUCCGCAUUCCGCCGAGGACGUGGAUUUGAGCCCACCGGACAUCGGAGUCGCCAGCCUGGAUUUCGAUCCGAUGUCAUUUCAGUGCAGUCCUCCCAAGGCCGAAUCGGAAUGUCUGGAGAGCGGUGCUUCCCUUUUAGACCCUGUAGGGUACUCCAAGGAUAAACUGAGUACAAAUAAGAAGGAUACGGAAGCAGCUGGCAGCCAGUCCCAGACCCCGGGAAGCACUGCGAGUUCUGAGCCUGUGUCUCCUCUUCAGGAGAAACUGAGUCCAUUCUUUACCCUGGACCUGAGCCCAAGUGAGGAGAAACCGUCUAAGCCGACCUCAUUCACCGAAAAGGUGGUCUAUGCGUUCUCUCCAAACAUCGGGCGGAAAUUAAGCAAAUCACCUUCUAUGAACAUAUCUGAGCCAAUUUCAGUGACCCUUCCCCCUCGGGUGUCGGAAGUCAUGGGUGCAGCCUCCACCACAGCAGCCCAGACCGGAUCCCCUCCGUCCUGGAACACAAGUGUUGACGAAAGCACCGUCGUAAAUAGAUCCCCUACCCAGGUAGGAAAGACGAAGGCAAACGAGAGAGAGGCCCAGGAAGGACAUGAGUGUGAAGUGCAGCCCCUGGACCAGGCGGCGGCUGCGGAAGCCGAGUCGCCAGGAGAGGAGGAGCAGUCCGUCUCCAGCAGUCAGAGUAAGGCUGUACCUUCUGGACAGACUCAGACAGGAGCAGUUACCCAUGACCCCCCUCAGGACUCCAUCCCUGUCAGUUCAGUCUCUCUUAUCCCACCACCACCGCCUCCGAAAAACGUUGCCCGCCUGCUGGCGCUGGCAUUAGCCGAGUCUGCUCAGCAAGCCUCAGCUCAGCCGCUGAAGAGGCCGGGAACUUCCCAGUCUGCUCAUGCGAACUAUGCGGACAUGGCAGUGGCCGCAACUGAUGAGAAACUGCCUAGUUCCUAUACUCAUGUUACUCUAGAUAAAGCCUAUUUCCCAACUGAUAGGCCUGAAGAGCACUUUCUCCCCCAGAGCAGUGCAUCUGGGAACUGUGACCAGCUCUUGCCUGACCCGGCCACUGUUGGGGACAGCACCCAUUCCAAUGCCCUCGAAUCCGGGCAGCAGCUCCACCAGGCCGACUUCCAGCCCCCUCGCACCUAUGCAUCUGGGGACCCAGAAAAGGCCAGAACCGCUUCAGUUCCCUUAACAGACUCUAAGUCUGACGAUCACAUAAGUUUCCCAGAAGAGCAGUCUGGGAAGGCCAUCGUGCCAACCGUCUCUUUCGCGGAUCAGGACCAGUGUCAACUUCACUUCUACAGCAGAGAUCAGCCGCCUUCUCAUCUUGGAGCAAGCGUGGAUAAGCCCCACCACCCCUCACAGCUUGCAGACAAACCUCCCACGCCGUCUAAUGCUUCUAGGGACAGAACCUACCCUCCUCCUGGGUCCCCUGAGGAGAACACCAGCACAGCCACCCUGGCGUACAUGACAGUGGCUCCAGCAACUGCUGAAAUAAGUGCCAGGGAAGCCAACUGGGAUGCGACUGAACCCACCGCGGCUGACUUUUCUGCCACCACCCUUCAGCGUCCUCACAGAACCCCCCGGCCCCUUCCCCCACUGCCUCCUUCCCAAAGACCAGCAGAGCAGUUACCAGUUGUGGGGCAAGUACAAGCAGCCGCCAACAUAGGAUUAAAUAAUUCCCACAAGGUUCAAGCAGUUCCAGUUCCAGAGAGGCCUGAACCCAGAGCCGUGGACGACCCUGCUCCUGUCCUUGUCAGCGACUGUGGAGCAGCGGCUCAGUGUCCCGCCUCUGCUCCCACUCUCCAGCCGGGCCUCCCGGAGAAGGUGCGGGAAGGAUCCCGGGCCCCACCGCUGCACCUGCGCGCAGAGCCGGUCCCCAUGCACCACCCCUGUGGCUUUACGGUCCCGGUCCCCCCCACCAGGACCAUGGAGAGUAAAGUUGCGGCUGCCGUUCACCCCAGCAGUGCAGACGCGACCAGUGGUUCUGGCUUCUACCCCUUUGCCGCUGCUUCCUCGGCCACUGUGGACGACGUCCUGCCUUUACCACUUCCUGUCCCGCAACCGAAGCACGCUUCUCAGAAGCCCAGCUACGCCACCUUUGCUAGGCCUGAUGUUACCCCUGAGCCCUUUGGUCCAGAAAACUGUGUGCAUUUCAGCAUGACUCCAAACUGCCAGUUCCGACCCCAGAGUGUACCCCCACAUCACAGUAAACUGGAGCAGCACCAAGUGUAUGGCUCCAGAUCCGAGCCACCGGCCUCCCUGGGUCCUCGUUAUAACACGUACGUGGCCCCGGGAAGAAGUGCACCUGGACACCACUCCAAGCCUUGUAGCCGGGUUGAGUAUGUGUCGUCUCUGAGCUCGUCUAUCAGGAGUGGUUGUUACCCUGAAGAUAUCCCACCGUACCCGACCAUCCGGAGGGUGCAGUCCCUCCAUGCCCCUCCGUCCGCCGUGAUUCGCUCUGUUCCCAUUUCACGGACGGAGGUUCCCCCUGAUGACGAGCCCGCCUACUGCUCCAGGCCCCUGUAUCAGUAUAAGCCAUAUCAGUCCUCCCAGGCCCGCUCGGACUACCACGUCACUCAGCUGCAGCCUUACUUUGAGAAUGGGCGGGUCCACUACCGGUACAGCCCGUAUUCCAGUUCUCCCAGCUCCUACUACAGCCCCGACGGAGCCCUGUGUGACGUGGAUGCCUACGGCACCGUGCAGCUGAGGCCCCUUCACCGCCUGCCCAACCGCGAUUUUGCUUUCCACAACCCUCGGCUGCAGGGGAAGAACUUGUACGGUUAUGCUGGUUUGCCCCCACGUCCCCGGGCCACCGGGACUGGCUACUUUUCCGGUAAUGACCAUAACGUAGUCAACAUGCCUCCGACCACCGAAGUAAAGCACACUUACACCUCGUGGGAUUUUGAGGACAUGGAAAAGUACCGCAUGCAGUCCAUCCGGAGAGAGAGCCGGGCUCGGCAGAAGGUGAAAGGGCCCGUUAUGUCCCAGUAUGAUAACAUGACCCCAGCUGUGCAGGAGGACCUGGGUGGGAUUUAUGUCAUCCACCUGCGCAGUAAAUCAGAUCCUGGGAAAACUGGACUCCUCUCAGUGGCGGAGGGAAAGGAGGGGCGGCACCCGGGGAAGGCCCUCAGUCCCGAGGGCGGGGAUCGCUUCUACAGGAAGCAUCCCGAGGCCGAGCUCGACAGGGCCCAUCACCACGGGGGGCAUGGCAAUGGACAGCCAGAGAAGCCGUCCCUCCCACAGAAGCAGAGCAGUCUCAGGAACCGGAAGCUGCAUGACAUGGGCUGCAGUCUCCCUGAGCACAGGGCACAUCAGGAAGCAAGCCAUAGGCAACUGUGUGAAUCAAAAAACGGGCCACCUUACCCCCAGGGAGCCGGCCAGUUAGAUUAUGGGUCCAAGGGGAGUCCAGACGCUUCCGAGCCCGUCGGCUACCAUAACUCUGGAGGGAAGUACGUGACAGCCGGGCCGGAGCCUCUACGACUGAACCACAAGGAGGCGAGGCUCUCCAAAGAGCUGGAGAGGCCUCGGGCCCGGCAGCCUCCUGCCCCAGACAAGCACUCCAGGGACUGCUACAAGGAGGAGGAGCAGCUCGGCCAGUCCGCAGUCCCGCCCCCGAAGCCGGAGAGGAGCCACAGCCUGAAGCUCCAUCACACCCAGAGCGCGGAGAGGGACCCGGGCGUGCUGUUCCAGUACCAGGCACACGGCCGGCGCCAGGGAGGCAUGACGGCCGUGUCCCAGUACGACAACCUGGAGGGCUACCACUCCCCGCCCCAGCUGCCGCGAGGAGGCUUCGGAGGAGGGGCCGUGGGGGCCUACGCGCCCUCCGGCUUUGCCCACGUGCAGAACAGGACAUACGCUACAGCCUUGGGGCAGGGGGCCUUCCUGCCCUCGGAGUUGUCCUUGCAGCAUCCUGAGACCCAGAUCCAUGCAGAAUGAGCCCUGAGAGCAAUAGAGUUGAAGCAGCCUCUGCUGGACAGCGGACUGUUCUAUUUUUUUUCAGUAACCAAAAAGAUUUAAAAAAAGGAAAAAGUUACAAAUCCCCUGACCGCGUUAAAAAACACACAAAAACAAAAAGUCAGUAAGGAAAAUAAAUCACCACCUUUUCCCCUUCCUGUUUCAUUGCCACCUCUAGAGACUCAUUUUUGUCAUUAAAAGAGAUCUGAAUGAUUGUAAAGCCCUGGGUUGAAAACCUAGCAAGGAGCUUUGUCGCAGAGCACAGCGGCCACGUAGAACUAGUGGUAGGAGCCUGAGGACUGCCUGGACCUGCGUUUGGAUCUGACUUGGUUCUUAGUACUUGCUGUGUAGUUCAGAGCACUUCACACCUGUUUCCUGGGAGGAUUUUGCGCUUCUUUGUGUUCCUACCGACUUCUCCAGCUUGCCCGGGCUGACGCUCGGUUUUUCUCCCCUCAUUCUCUCUGUCGUGUGUUAAAUCCGAACAGAGAAAAACUCCCCGGCCCUUCAGAUAAGUCUGUUGAACAUUUAGCAAAUUAUAACUAAAAGCAAAGGAACUAAGGCUAAGCACUUAAUAAGGAGUCGUUGUAAAAUGCCAGGCCAUGCAGACCCAGGCUGAGCCGUGUCCUUCACGGCUCCCUUUGCUUAGCUGCUGCUCCGCGUUCAGCGAACAGGCGCAGGUCCCCGUGGAAGAGGCCUCUCGAGGUAGAAUUGCAGGCGUGCUCCGGCGGCCGCCGGCUCUGUUAGCACCGGAGAACUGCGUCCGGGCUUCCAGUGUGCGGCCCGCCUUCAGUUACUCCUUUUCUUAAUAACAUUUGGUAAAUUGUAACCCCAGUAAAACAUUUCACACCAUGUGUUUCCCUAAAGCAACUUUUUUCAUUAAAAAAAUAAAAACCAACAGCAGCGCCAGCAUGGUUUGACUAGAUAAACCCACGUAAUUGAUCAUAGUUACAAAUUUACAUGUUGAUUGGUUUCUAAACCAGACCGCAGCUUUCCUGGGAGUCCUUACAGGAGCCGUGUGCGUGUUACCUGUUAGCGAAGCUGUAGCACCCGCUUAGCGCACAGCCCGGUUCACCCGCUGAGUCCUGGGCCGCGGCCGUGUCUGUCCUUAGGGAGAGCGGCUGUUGUCCCCUUCUGCGGCCACAGUCCACUGUAAUUGCCGUCUUCACCAGCAUUUCAGGUAUCGCUCUGAGAACUGCAGACAUGUUACACAUGUCCCACACCCAGGACUUUCUUUUGAAAGUUGCAUUCCUGAUUCGAGUUGGACUAGACACCUCUAGCCCAACGCAAUUCCGUUUUCUCCACUCACCCCAGACGUACGGGCCAGGCUGGCAAGGCCGCUGCACUUCCAGGGCGAGUCCAGAUGGUCAUUUCAUUCCACAACUCUUCGUAACACUUGAUUUUUAUACAUUCUCACCUGGGGAAUUUCAUUCCAUUUCCUGGAUGGUUGCUGCUCUGGCUUUUUAAAACUUGGAAUUAACUUUUAUUUAGAGCAAAGGAAGAAAUCUUUUCAGAGGCUAAAUUUAUGCUGCUAUUCUUGCUGUGAAUUUGUAUAAAGAUUAGGAGUCACGCCAGUUCUCUUUUUAUUUAAAAACCUGCGAUUGCAUUUUAAGGGUUUAUAUUUAGAAAAAGAAAUAAAGUUUUAAGAACAACACAUUUAUUUAUAUGUGAAAAUACUCCCUAAGGAUUUCCUUUGUUCCCCCAGAAUUGAUCAGAGGGGUUCAGCCAGGGUUGUGGUAGGAAUCCUGAAACACGAUAUGUAAGGAGGCCUGUGGAGGUUCAGGCCUUUAGGUUACUAAAGUGCAGGCCCAGCUGGUAUACAGUCACAGGGUUAGGAACCUGGGAGGACACCCCCCACGCAACACCGGGCGCCACAUGCAAGAGUUUGGUCGAUGGUGAAUAUACAGCACUAAUUUUUUUUUUUUUUUUUUUUUUACCUUCACCAUCUUUUUAUCAAGUAGGCAGCCCAUUGCCCUUUAAGAUCACACAGCCCUGUAAUUCUCACCAGCAGCGUGGCCAUUGGAAAGGACACACAGGUGGCUUUAGUAACAGAUUUUUUUCUCAAUAUUGGGUAAACUGUAAUCCUCAUAAAACAUUUCACACCAUUUGUUCUCCUAAAGCUACUUUUUUUUUUUCCAUUAAAAAGAAAGAACUUAGAAGGAUGAGAGAGUCCAGAAGGAUGUGGCAGAAAAAGUCCUGUACCGUCUUAAUAUUUGUGGGUUUGUCGUCACACACAUUUACCCCUGAAACUGAAGUCUUUUAUAAAUACUACGGUUAAUUCCUCCAAGCGAUUGCUCCGCUGACGUCCCAUGGGCUCAGCCAUAUCAGGUAAAUAUUUUGGUUACAGAAUAAAUGACUCAGAUUACCGGUGCGAGUGUGAAACACGGACUCCGGGUAAAAUCCAGAGUCGUUUCACUUGACGUGUGUAGAUACAGCCUUAACUUUGGAGUUUGUAGUUUAAGGGACUUUGCCCGUGUCUUUCCCUUUCUAAUGCUGUCAGGUAGAAAUCGGAUGGCACAUCACUGUGAGCCAGUUACCUCAGUAUAGUUCACCUGUGCGGCGUCACAAAUGAGUAGUGAAAGGCUGUCACUUUCAAAUGGUGACGCGGAGCAUUAUGAUCAAGGAGGUGGAGCUGCCUUAUGCAUCAAACCCAUCCUGGUAUUGGUAUUUCCAUAGUCGUGUCUCCAGGUUUUAUCUUUGGCAAGAUUCCGAUGCCACGGUGUGGCCUGACUGAAAUAAACCUUCCUGGACGUCUGGCCGGAGACUUUGCUGACAGCCCCAGAGGUGCCACUCUUUCAUUACUAAAUUCCAUCUGAGCCUUACGCAUCCUUGUAUUCAGUUUCCUCUUAAAAUGCAAUCCCCGGGUGGUCCCAAGGACAGGCCUGCACAUUAUAAAACGACAAAGCAUUUUUUUUAAAAGGUAGGGUCAGGUUGAAAAAUUCUAGGACUCAUUCUGUGAAGAGGGACCACUGAUGUGAAUGGAGAUGGAGCAGGUCAACACACCUGACGCAGCAGCAGGUGCAUACAGUGUAAGUCUGAAAUCUGCCCCUUUAGUUAGCGAAGGAGCCCGCAAAGUUUGUGUAUCUGUUCCCAGCCCUGCCAACCACCCAUCCAUCCAGUAUCCGCAAAGUACUGUCCGAGCUGUGUGUGUAAGGAAAUGAGAGAGCAAAAGCACGUCAGAAAGUUACGCCCAAGUGGUUAGAGGCAUGUGACUCUCAGGCCUGCGUACGGAAGCAUUUCGGCUGCGAGGGGGAUGCUGUGCUCACGGGCUGUUUUCCUUUCCCGAUUAGUACCUUAGGGUUCAAAGAUUAAAACGGUUGUUUUACAGUUUAGGUUCUAAGGUAGCAAAACCUGAUUUUUCAACCACGACCUGCAUGAGAGAAGCAUCCUAGGAGGUCUUAGACCAUGCUUUUGAGUUCUUAAUUUUAAUUUAUAUAGUGGUUUUUUUAUGUUUUAAUAUUUUUGUGAACUGGUGUAAAUUGUUAAUGCAUAUAAGCCUGUGUAUUUUUGUAAAUAGUUUUGUGAUUUAUUUCUUGAUCCAUCUGUAAAUAUUUAGAGUCUCAUUUCUUUAAAACUCAUUUCAAGCUGAGUUGUGGGUUCGGGGUUCUGUUUGCUUCUUUGUUUUGGCUGGGGGUGGGGGGAGAGACGGGAUUUUGUACUCUGGUCAUCCAGACGGAGAAAUCUGUGGUUUCGAGCAAAUGUCCCCCUGAACGCAAUUCAAAUUACAAAAUUAUUUCAGGUUAAAACAGA